AGACAAAGCUUUGAGUAAGCACGAAGGAGAAGUAGAGAGAGAGAGAGAGAGAGAGAGGGAGAGUGAGGAGAGAGGCCCGUUUGAUUGAGGCUGAGAAUCAUAAUAUCAAUGCCCUUUUCCUUCUCAUACUCUUAUUUUAUGUUGAGGAUUUCUAUUCAGAACAAGAUAAACCCCAUUGUCUGACAGCAUUUCUUUGUUACAAUAGUGGUAAUUGAGACAAGAUGGAGGCAAAUGCGGGUAUGGUGGCUGGAUCACACAAGAGGAAUGAGCUUGUUAGAAUUCGCCAUGAUUCUGAUACUGGGUCAAAGCCGUUGAAGAAUUUAAAUGGCCAGAUAUGUCAAAUCUGUGGAGAUACUGUUGGAUUGGCUGCCAAUGGCGACGUCUUUGUUGCUUGCAAUGAAUGUGCCUUUCCGGUUUGCCGUGCUUGUUAUGAGUAUGAGAGAAAAGAUGGAAAUCAGGCAUGCCCCCAGUGUAAGACUAGGUACAAGAGACACAAAGGGAGUCCAAGAGUUGAUGGUGAUGAUGACGAGGAUGACAUUGAUGAUUUAGAAAACGAGUUUAGUUACUCCCAGGGAAAAGUCAAAGCAAGAUCUCAAUGGCCUGGUGAUGAUGCUGAGCUAUCUGCAUCUUCCAGACGUGAAUCUCAGCAACCAAUCCCUCUUCUUACCAAUGGACAAUCCGUCUCUGGCGAGAUUCCUCCUUCCUUGCAAGACACUCAUUCUGUCAGAAGUACAUCGGGACCUUUGGGUCCUGGUGACCGUGUUCACUCCCUUCCUUAUGUUGAUCCACGGCAGCCAGUUCCUGUAAGAAUAAUUGACCCUUCCAAAGACCUCAAUUCUUAUGGACUUGGAAAUGUUGACUGGAAGGAGAGGGUGGAAGGUUGGAAACUAAAACAGGAGAAAAAUAUGGUGCAAAUGAACAACAGAUACAGUGAAGGGAAAGGAGAUGUUGAAGGCACUGGUUCAAAUGGAGAAGAACUACAAAUGGCUGAUGAUGCUCGCCAACCUUUGAGCCGUGUUGUGCCUAUUUCAUCCACUCAUCUUACUCCUUAUCGUGUUGUGAUCAUUCUUCGAUUAAUCAUCUUGGGAUUUUUCUUGCAAUAUCGUUGUACUCAUCCAGUGAAGGAUGCUUAUCCUUUGUGGCUGACAUCAGUUAUCUGUGAGGUCUGGUUUGCCUUAUCCUGGCUUCUGGAUCAGUUUCCAAAAUGGUAUCCUGUUGAUCGCGAAACCUAUCUUGAAAGACUUGCACUGAGAUAUGAUAGAGAGGGUGAGCCUUCCCAGUUAGCACCUGUUGAUGUGUUUGUGAGUACAGUGGAUCCCAUGAAAGAGCCUCCUCUUAUUACUGCAAACACUGUGCUGUCCAUCCUGGCAGUGGAUUACCCUGUCGACAAAGUCUCUUGUUAUGUUUCAGAUGAUGGUGCAGCAAUGCUGACAUUUGAAGCUCUCUCUGAGACUGCUGAGUUUGCAAGGAAAUGGGUACCUUUCUGCAAGAAGCACAACAUUGAGCCUCGGGCCCCUGAAUUCUACUUUGCCCAGAAGAUAGAUUACCUGAAGGACAAGAUUCAGCCUUCCUUUGUGAAAGAGCGCAGAGCAAUGAAGAGAGAGUAUGAAGAAUUUAAAGUACGGAUAAAUGCUCUUGUUGCAAAGGCACAAAAGAUGCCUGAAGAAGGAUGGACAAUGCAAGAUGGAACUCCUUGGCCUGGCAACAACACACGGGAUCAUCCAGGAAUGAUCCAGGUCUUUCUGGGGCACAGUGGAGGCCUUGAUACAGAUGGAAAUGAACUUCCUAGACUAGUUUAUGUUUCUCGUGAGAAACGUCCUGGUUUCCAACAUCACAAGAAAGCAGGAGCUAUGAACGCUCUGAUUCGUGUCUCUGCUGUCCUCACAAAUGGUGCGUAUCUAUUGAAUGUCGAUUGUGAUCACUACUUCAAUAACAGCAAAGCUCUUAAAGAAGCUAUGUGCUUUAUGAUGGACCCACUUCUUGGAAGGAAGACUUGUUACGUUCAGUUCCCACAGCGUUUUGAUGGCAUUGACUUGCACGAUAGAUAUGCUAACCGCAACAUUGUCUUUUUUGAUAUCAACUUGAAAGGAUUGGAUGGUCUUCAGGGUCCUGUCUAUGUGGGAACUGGGUGUUGCUUUAACAGGCAAGCUCUUUAUGGGUAUGAUCCAGUGCUAACGGAAGAAGAUCUUCAACCAAACAUUAUUGUCAAAAGCUGUUGUGGUUCGAGGAAGAAAGGAAGGAGUUCUAACAAGAAGUACAUUGAUAAGAAGCGAGCAGCAAAAAGGACUGAAUCAACCAUUCCAAUCUUUAAUAUGGAGGACAUAGAAGAGGGUGUGGAAGGAUAUGAUGAUGAGAAGUCACUUCUGAUGUCCCAGAAGAGCUUGGAGAAGCGGUUUGGUCAAUCUCCUGUCUUUAUUGCUGCCACCUUUAUGGAACAGGGAGGCAUUCCACCAUCAACAAAUCCUGCUACUCUUUUGAAAGAAGCAAUUCAUGUCAUUAGCUGUGGGUAUGAGGAUAAGACUGAGUGGGGCAAAGAGAUUGGGUGGAUUUAUGGUUCUGUCACGGAAGAUAUUUUAACUGGGUUCAAAAUGCAUGCACGAGGAUGGAUUUCCAUUUACUGUAUGCCUCCUCGCCCAGCAUUCAAGGGUUCUGCUCCAAUCAAUCUGUCAGAUCGUUUGAACCAAGUUCUUCGGUGGGCUCUGGGAUCCAUUGAAAUUCUUCUAAGCAGGCAUUGUCCUAUAUGGUAUGGCUACAAUGGGAAACUACAGCUCCUGGAGAGGCUCGCAUAUAUCAAUACCAUUGUUUAUCCGCUCACCUCUAUUCCAUUGCUUGCUUAUUGUGUCCUUCCUGCUAUCUGUCUUCUAACUAACAAAUUUAUCAUUCCCGAGAUAAGCAAUUUUGCUAGCAUGUGGUUUAUUCUUCUCUUUGUCUCUAUUUUCGCCACUGGCAUACUUGAAAUGAGGUGGAGUGGAGUUAGUGUUGAGGACUGGUGGAGAAAUGAACAAUUCUGGGUCAUUGGUGGAACAUCAGCUCAUCUAUUUGCCGUCUUCCAAGGUCUCCUCAAAGUACUAGCUGGGAUUGAUACCAAUUUCACUGUCACUUCAAAAGCGUCUGAUGACGAUGGGGACUUUGCUGAGCUGUACGUGUUCAAAUGGACGUCCCUCCUCAUUCCUCCCACCACAGUCCUAAUUGUGAACAUGGUAGGAAUCGUGGCUGGCGUUUCAUAUGCUAUUAACAGUGGAUAUCAGUCGUGGGGACCCCUCUUUGGAAAAUUGUUCUUCGCCAUUUGGGUUAUUGUCCACUUGUAUCCUUUCCUCAAAGGUCUGUUGGGCCGACAAAAUCGCACACCUACAAUUGUCAUUGUUUGGUCUAUUCUACUUGCGUCCAUCUUCUCUCUGCUCUGGGUCCGAAUCGACCCUUUUACUUCAGAGGCUACAAGGAGAGCUGCACAAGGUCAAUGUGGCAUCAACUGCUAAGCUAUUUUGAGACAAUUCGAGCUCCAUUUCUCGACCAGAAGCUUGCGUUGGUGUAUAUAGACAGAUAAGAGAACUAAGGCAAAAGUCUUAUUGUUUGGGGUUCCUAUAUUAUGUUGUAUCAUUCUACAUAGUCCCAAGUGAUGGAUAUAUAAAUUUUGGCCAUCUCGAACUACCUCUGCUUUGCAUUGUAUACAGUUUAUGGGGACCCUUACAAGAUUAGGUCUAAAAAACUUAAAAUUACUACUUCUGUCCAGUCAUAAUAUUGUUGGUGAAAUUGUGUAUGAGCAUUUUGAAAUCUUCAGAGGAAUUUGGUUAUAUAUUUAAUUAA